AUGGUACCAUCUUUCCAAGUCCUUAUCGUUGGCGCUGGACUGAGCGGCCUCCGAGCUGCUAGGGAAGUCCAUAAUGCUGGCCUGUCUUAUAUCGUCCUUGAAGCCAUGGAUCGCAUAGGUGGCAAAGUCCUGUCCGUUCAGUCUUCUGGUGGUAAUGGAGUCGUUGAUCUAGGAGCAUCUUGGAUCAAUGAUACGAGCCAGUCCGAGAUCUACAAACUAGCUAGAGAGUUUGGCUUUGAUCUCGUUGAGCAGCGUACAGAGGGGCGUAGUCUGUACAGGGAUGAAAUGGGAGAGGUUCAUUGCAUCCCUUUCGAGAUGCCAGCAAAACUUGAGCCGGAACAGCUCAAGGAAGUCGAGCAAUUCAUGCAAAUUCUCUCGGAUUAUGCUGAAAGAUGUGACAUCGACAAUCCUUCUCACGGACCAGAUGCAAAGCACCUUGAUUCCAUUACAGUCGCAGAAUUCAUCGCAAGCUUCAACGAUCCUAGUGCAUCAGCCCUCGUCAACAGCAUCACGCGCAGUUUACUCGGUGUGGAAAGCGACGAGCCCAGCGCUCUGUUCUUCCUCGACAUAUUGAAGAGGGGUACAGGUCUGAAGAACGUCGUAUCUGACUUCAAGGACGGAGCACAGUACCUUCGUAAUCGACAGGGCAAUCAAGCAUUCUGCGAUCGUCUUGCUGCUGGUCUCAACGCAGAAAGCGUGAAGAUCUCAAGCGCAGUGAAGGCCAUCACGCAGAAGGAAGGCGAGGGCUGCUUUGUUGAGACUACCAAUGGCGAUGUCUACAGAGUAGACAAAGUCAUCGUGUCAGUGCCGACCCCAUUGUACCCUCUCAUCCACUUCGAACCAAGUCUGCCACCAGCCAAAAAAACACUCGGCGAAUCUGCCAAGUCGGGAUAUUAUUCCAAGACAAUCCUUUUAUUCGCUGAGCCAUGGUGGCAUUCUGCAGGUCUCUCAGGCGUGUACAGUUCUGCUGGUGGGCCGAUCGUCUUCACGCACGAUACGUGCAUUCCUCAGGAUAGUCAAUAUAGCAUAACUUGCUUUCAUGCUGGCGAUCCAGGAAGGAAAUGGUCGAGACUGCCGGCUGAAGAAAGAAAGCGAGUUGUAUUGGACGACUUCCUUACUGCAUUUAGUACUGUUGUGGAUCAUAUACCGCAACCUAUCAACGUUAUUGAGAAAGAUUGGACGCAGGAUCCUUGGGCUCAAGGCGGACCUGGUCCUGUUUGGAGACCUGGGUUCUUGGCGGGUGAGUCCGGAAAGGCUAUCGAUGAGCCGUUUGGGAAUGUUCAUUUUGUUGGAACAGAGACGGCUUUGGUUUGGAGGGGGUACAUGGAUGGAGCUGUGAGAUCGGGUAUUCGAGGAGGUCAGGAGGUUGUGGCGGCUCUUGGUAAAGGUUCCGGCUCAGAUAUUUGA